AUGGCGUCCUCGGCUCACGGGGGCUUCUUUGCCUUGAGGACCAGACACGGUGUCAAGAGCGGGCAGGGCUGGGGCGCACAGUGGCGGCCCACACUGCCGGGGACAGUCAGCAGAGGCUUACCAGAGCCCACAGCAUGCAGGAGCUCUGUGCAGGGUCUGGGCCGCUCUCAUGGCUGCUGUCUCCCUUUGAGGGAGCUGGAGGGUAAGGUGCUCUGGUCCAUCUGCCUCAACUACUUGAGAGACCCCGUAGCCAUCAGCUGCGAUCACGUCUUCUGCUAUCGCUGCAUCAUUCAGGUCUGUGACUCUACUGGGCAGCCGUUGCACUGUUCUCUGCAAGCCACUUCAGGGAAGAGUAUUCGCCAUGUCUGGCAGAUGGCCAGCCUAGUGGGAAACAUCUGGAGGGUAAAGGUAGAUGAGGAGAGACAGCCCAGAGAGGAUGCACCACUUCAGCGAAAAGCAGAGAAGCUGUGUGGGCUGCAUUUGGAGAAGCUCCAUUAUUACUGCGAGGAUGACCAGCAAAUACUGUGUGUUAUGUGUCGGGAGUCCCAGGAGCGCAGACAUCACCCUGAGGUUCUCCCAGAGAAGGCUGCACAGCCUUAUCAGGGAAGAACCAUCUGUGUCAAUUUCAUAGGUAAAAUUUUAAAUCAUCUGAAGAUUCUGAAGGGGGACUGAGACAGGAUCCAGAAUUUUCAGUCAACAGGAGAAGAUGAGGUUCGGGCCCUGCUGACAGAAUUCCAGAGUCAGAGGCAGGACAUCAUGUCAGUGUUUGAACAGGGCCACCAGUUCCUGGGAGAAAGGGAGCUGUACUUACUGGACCUGCUGGAAAGGAUAGAGCAAGAGCUCACCCACGGGAGGAACAGCCAUGUCACCAAGAGCUCAGAGGACGCCGUCCGGCUUGGAACCCUCAUUUCUGAGUUGGAAAAAAUGGCUCAGCAGCCUGCAGUUGAGCUUUUUCAGGACCUGAGUGACGUCAUAAGCAAAUACCCCUGGAAGAAGCUCUGGAUUGAAAAGGCUGUCAGUGCUGCAAUCAAAAGGCAGGUAGAAGACUUUUCAGAUAAACUUCUUUCUUUAGAGAAAGGACUCAGAAGAUUCAAUGAUAAGGGAAUGGGAAAAUUGAGGAGGGAUCUGGAGUAUAAGACCACGAGGAUCAUCCUGAAUUCCCAGCCAGCCAAUGGCUGCCUCUCAGUGUCUCCCAAUGAGAAAAGCCUGAUAUUCACUGGUUUGUGGAUGAACAAAUACCAACAUGGUUGGAGAUUUGACCCUGAGCCUGGAGUGCUGGUCAGUAGGGGCUUCACGUGGGGCAAAGUGUACUGGGAGGUGAGGGUGGACAGGAUAUGGUGGGGGGCAGAGGAGGAAGAUGCAGUGUGUUACUGGGGUGGAGCCAGAGACAUGUUUGGCACUAGCUACCUGGGUGGGUUAGUGGGCACCCCUGGUGGUUACAGUCCCACCGGGUACAGAAAUGAGAAUGAAAAUGGAAUAUGGCUGAAAUUCUGCCUGGUGGGGAUGGCCAGAGAGUCGGUGGUGAGGAGAGGGUGUCUUGCCUUCACCCCUGAGGAGGGGUUCUGGACCUGCAGCCUCCUCAGCUGGGGUGUAUGUAGGUACCAGCUCGAGCCUUUCCAGAUCCUGUCAUGUUGUCCAAGGCAGACUGGAGUUGCUCUGGAUUAUCAUGGUGGGAAGGUGACCUUUACCAAUGCCAGGACUCAGGAGUUAAUCUACAAGUUCUUCUCUUCCUUCACGGGGAGAGUUUUCCCUUUCCUGUGGCUUGACUGUAUGAGAGGCAGACUCACGCUGAGGCUCUAA